CCGCGGCCGCUCGAAUCACCCACGCGGGGCGACGCGGGGGCGAGUCAGAUCUCUACAAAUUAACACACGAGCACAAUACGUAUCCAAUAUUUAUACCAUUUUAUUGUCUAGCAACACAUGGGCAUAGUUGCCUAGUAUAUCUAUAUAAUUAUUGUUUCUCCCUCUAGUCUUCCGCUUUUCCAUAUAUAACACGGUUCAUGCUGGUUGGUGGGUGGGUGAUACAUUAGACUACGUUCGCUCGCCGCCGCUGCCUCACAGCCAGCAAGCAAAACUACUGUAGCCAUUCCUACACAAGGCUAUGUUAGAGACGGACCUUGGAGUCUCGGAACGUCGCCCACUGUUCGGCGCGUACGUGCCCAUCAAACUUACUAACGAGCACGCACGCAAGUUAGGCGUGCGUUAUUCUUACGCGUACGUGAUCCCAUUAUUUCAAGUUGCAAGUCCCUCGUCAGAGGUCCACAAAUGGCAAUCAUCGUCGUCAUCUCUCUCCACAAAUGACAACGCAAGUACUCUGAUGAAUUUUAUUUUGCAGCACGAGAUGGAAUGAAAAAAUCAAAACGCCCUCGGAAAAAAUCUGCUAGUACUAUCCUACCCUGGCUGACUCUGCCUGCACUGCACGUGUGCACCACAGGCCAAUCCAGCAAGCAACUGCGGCCUCAACUUGCUUGCCCCGAAGGCCCAGCUUGGCUAUAAAUACUUGCAUGGUGGCUGCCAUUGGAGCAGGCAGGGGCAGGCACCUCCACAGUAACACUACUCCGGUUGAGAACAUCAUCCCAUACUGAUCAGCUGGCAAUGGCCUUGGUGAUGAAGACCAUGGCUGCUGCUCCCCCUGCGCUCCUGUGCCUCGCCAUGGUGGCUCUCGCGCUCGCGGCUACUUCUACCAAGGCCCAGGCGGCUCCGGCUCCAACACCGUCGUCUCCGACGCCGGCGCCUACACCCGCACCGGCGCCGCCAUCCGUGUCUCUAUGCCCGGCCGGCUUUAGCAACUUGUCCGAGUACAAGGCAGCUGUUCCUGAGUAUUUAAAGCACUGCGUCGCUCUUACUCUAUCUUCCGGUGCACGUACAAUAACCACCAGAAAACUCAGCAGCGUCCUCGGCCCGAUCCGCAUUCCCCCUCCGACCCCGCCCAGCGUCGUCGCCACCUCGAAGGGCCUCGUCGUCGUGCACAGCAUCAUCCACAAGUGCACCUGCUACCUCGCCACCAAAUCCACCCUCCUCGAAUCGUCCACCGGCCCCAUCGUGUGCAAGCCCGCCGGCCAGGGCUUCGCUUGAGCGCGCGCGCGCGUAUGCAGAACACCACCAUGCCCGGGAUGCACUGCAUGAGCGUGAGUGUCGCGUGCAGUGUGUGUGUGCUUGUUGCUUGGCUAUUUAUUUUUAACUCGUCCUACAUACCGCUACUCCGUAUGAGUUGAAUAAGCUGCCACUUAUAUGUAUUCUUGGGUGGUGGUAAAUAAUGGGAGCUUGUAACCUACUUACUUGCAUUGUUGUGUGAUCAUGAAUUAAUACCAUUAUAUAUACUAAAUGAUUUACUGUGUCA